UGCUUAUACAAGAUCUGCUCUUUCACCGUGGCUUCAAUACUGCCCGGCCCCCAGCCAAUCAGGUCAAAAGUGAAACUGAUCUGUAAACCCCUUCUACUGCUGUCUUCUUCCUAUCUGUUCUGUAGACUAAAACGACCUGAUUUCAAACUUUUGGGCAGCAAAAAGGUCUCUUUAAGAGAGCUCACAAGAGAUAUUUCAUCAAAAACUGAAUGUAGUCACCAACUGCAGAAUACAGACGAGCUUGUUUGAAAGGAGUCAUCAAACUGUGGUGAACAAUGUCUCUGCUAAAAACCUUGUGUUUUUUGCUGUUGACAUGUCCCCUCAUUGAUGGGAGGAAAACCAGGGAAGGCAGAGUUGGCAAAGCUGGCACAGAGGAGAGGACCAUUCUGAAGGUAAAAGAGCCAUACUUCAGCAAUUCAGUGUUUCGGCUGUUUUUGGGAGGUGAGGACACCUGCACGCUGGACCCUCUGCAGCUGCACACCCUCACCUCCUGUGGCUUCAACAGCAGUAAUCCCCUCAUCAUCAUCACUCACGGGUGGUCGAUGGAUGGUGUGAUGGAGAGCUGGAUACCAAGACUAGCGAAAGCUCUCAAGAGUUCCCGGUUAGACAUAAAUGUGGUGAUCACAGACUGGCUGUCUCUGGCUCACCAACACUAUCCCAGAGCAGUGAAGAGCACCCGCACCGUUGGGAAAGACAUAGCCCACCUCCUGCAGACACUUCAGGAGGAGUACAGGUUCCCAGUAAGAAAAGCUCAUUUAAUUGGUUACAGUCUCGGUGCUCACAUCUCUGGAUUUGCUGGAAGCUAUCUGGGAGGUUCGGAAAAGAUUGGAAGAAUAACCGGUCUUGACCCAGCAGGCCCACUGUUUGAGGGCAUUUCAGCGACAGACAGACUGUCCCCUGAUGAUGCAGAGUUUGUGGACGCCAUCCAUACCUUCACCCGUGAACGACUGGGCUUCAGUGUGGGCAUCAAACAAGCAGUGGCCCAUUACGACUUUUACCCCAACGGAGGAGAUUUCCAGCCAGGGUGUGACCUGCAAAACCUUUACGACCACAUAAGCGAGCACGGUCUCCAUGGUUUUAAACAAACAGUGAAAUGUGCUCAUGAGCGGUCUGUCCAUCUAUUCAUCGACUCACUUUUAAACAAAGAUAAGCAGAGCAUGGCUUAUAGGUGCAGUGACAACAGCGCUUUUGUCAAGGGGAUCUGCCUCGACUGCAGGAAGAAUCGCUGCAACACACUGGGCUAUGAUAUCAAGAAGGUUCGCACAGGCAGGACCAAGAAGCUUUAUCUGCAAACAGGAUCACGGAUGCCUUUUAAACUCUUUCAUUACCAGUUCAGGAUCCAGUUUGUCAAUCAGAUGGAGAUGGUUGAGCCCUUCAUCACCAUCUCACUCACAGGAACAAAAGAUGAGAGUGGAGACCUCACCAUCCCAUUCAAAGAAAAUAUAUCUGGUAAUUCAACCUUCACCUUCUUGAUAACACUGGACAAAGACUUGGGUGAACUGAUGUUGCUCAAGUUUUACUGGGAGAGUUCGGCUGUGUGGAGGAACAUGUGGAGCCAGCUGCAGACCAUCUUCACUUGGAGCAACCAAGUGGAAAAGCCACAGCUGACUCUGGGAAAAAUUGGUGUCAAAGCAGGAGAGACACAGCAGAGGACUUCAUUCUGUGCCAUGGAAAAUGAUGGCCGGCGCGUAGAAGAGGGUCAAGAGAAAAUGUUUGUGCGUUGCAAAGAAAACACCACAAAAAAACACAGAAGGAGUUAUAACUAAUGGACUUGUUUAGGGUACUGUGACCUACUCAUUACUUUUACAGUAAUAAUGAAUAAACUGGAUUAAACAAAUGUUCACAUCCGUAGGGAAGUAAAAUAUUUUGAUGAUAAGAAAUUAUGUAAAAGAUCAAAAAUAAACUUUUAGAAUUAUAUUUA